CAUGUGAUUGUUUGGGUGCACUAAGUGGGCUUAUGGAUGCCAGUACCAAUCAAUCGUACUAAGGUUCCUGCUGGAUACUUCGUAGGUAUUCUAAUUUUGAACAAGAUCGCAGGAUCGCAAUCGAUAUCAAGGUACGAUCGCGAGUGAAAAGAAGGUUAGAACCAGCUUGCCUCAACGAGUUACGACUUAUUAUCCACGCUCCCCUGAUCAAAUCUCAUUUUCAGAAGUUUGAUUUUCAAAAGGACGAUUCCACGAAAACAGCACCAGUCUUUAAGCCAAUGCUUGGUUUAUAUUGAUUUCAUUCGUCUUGAAGCUCUAGAAUCAUAUUAAGUGCAAUUCAACGACCCAACAUAUCUACGAAGCUUACGAAGUUACGACAAAAUAGACAUUUGGUCAUUCGCGUUGCAGGCCACUGACACCCUGCGGUGCAGUUGUAUCUUGGGGGGGUAAUGAAAGUCGAAUGAAUGCAGCCCUUGAAUCCUUUCCUAAGUGCUUUCUUCAAGAGUGCUCUGCCUACACAGUGUACGCCUGUGCACCAUCAUGUAAGCUUGCCAACAAUGCUAGAAUUCCAUUUUUCAACAGGUACCAUGGGGCAUGAUGCUGAUAGCUUUCUAGAUAUUACUAGUACCUACUACCGAAGUUCUCCUAACCUCCCGCGAUCGAGAAACCGGCGCGCUUUACGCAGACCUUGCAGGAUCGGAAGACUUCCUAGGCAGUCAUGUCUUGCGAAUACCGGCCAACCAUGCUGCGACCGCGGGAGGGAAGGAUGCGCCAAAUAUGCGGGAAACCCGGGGAAAGGCGAAACAAUAUACAACGGUCAAUGGAAGGACUGUCGUGAUCAAAGAUGCUUUUGUCUACAGUAAUAAGGGUUAGUAUUGUUCGUAAUUUUGUUGGAGGAUUGGUGCUAAUAUCACAUAUUGCCAGGAUUCAAGACCUUGAACCAAGCGCAACUUUUAUCUGAUACUUUAUGGUAUCCAGAUUCGCUUGAACCACGACAAUGGCUUGUCUACUAUAUAUCGAGACCUCUGGUUGGCAUAUUCGAGGAAAUCAAGAUCGCAACUGCAAUGCUAGCCCCGAGGCUCCCGGAUGGUAGACCGAUGCUCCCACCCAGAUCGCCUUCAGUGGCCGACUCCACCUCUAUGAAUGGGCUUCCUCGGAAAAAGGAUAUAAAGAGUUUCAGCGAGCUUUUGACGAAUUUUCCGAUGAUUGCGAGACAAAUGCAACCUGGCUUGGAAGGCCUCUUCAAGGAGUUCAAUCAAGUAUUUGAAAAGCAAUUACCCCCUCCUCCAUCAGCUGCGAACAUUCCAGACCCUGUACCGGACGGGCCCAUAGCUACAGCAAUGAAGAAAGCACGGUCCAGUAGUUUCUCAAAUCCUGGUCGACCAAAUGGGCAUGUGCAACGUUAUAUCGUGGAUUUCUAUACCGAGGAUGAUGAGAAUGUCAUGCGGGGCGCUUUGGAGACCGCAGUUACGUCUGCGAUUGAUCUCUUCCAGAUGGUCGACAAGCAACAACUUUCCCUGCUUGGAGCUACGACUGAUCUUACAGGCCCAAUUGUGGAACGUUUGAUUGAUCGUUAUGUUACCGAGCAAUUGCACGAUACCAUAUUGUUUCCGAGACUAUGUACAAUGAAACGCCCCGAAGACUUGGAGUUGGAAUCAAAAAUAAGACAGAUGGAAUUUGUGGAUAUCUCACAAGUUGGUAUACCAAUUCAAGGUGGUCAUCAAGGAAAACAUGAACUCACAUUACGUCUUGGUCGUGCUGUCGAAGAAUUUCGAAAAUUGAUUGUAGCAGGAAGCCCGCAGCAGAUGAUGGAUAUUUUACUCAUGACGUUGAAAACGGUGACGCAGCUCAUUGAGAUUCCAGCAAGCGCAGGGGGACCCACUUCUUCCGAGAAAGUGAGCUCUGUUUUGACUAUCAAUGCUGAUACUCUCGUUUCGCUACUAUUGGUUGUGGUCAUAAGGGCACAAGUUAGGUACCUCCAGGCUCGUCUCCUAUAUAUGCGCCACUUCAUUUUUGUAGAUGAUGUGGAAAGUGGUGAGAUGGGAUAUGCACUAAGCACGUUUGAGGCCGUCUUAUCAUAUCUUGCAAGGGAUUCAGGAGGUCUUCGAAAAGCUAGUCGGCGGAACCACAAACUGUGGGCAGCAACUAAGAAAGGCGACUUAAAAGAGAUGAUGAAAAUUAUGGAGCCAGAACGAGAACUAUCUUCGGACGAAGAAGAAUCCGACCACGAGGAAGCUAUCGUAGACGAUAUAAUCGAUGAAAAUAGGCCAUGGGAUACUUCGAAUGGACAUGCAAGACGGAGAUCUUCUGGAGCCGCCGCCACGAGGCUUUCGCAAGCAUCUACCCUCACUCAUGUCUUUCCUUGGCAAUAUCUACAUGACGGUGCAGAUGAAGAGCGACUACCACCGCUGCGGAGGCCUAAAACAGUCACCAUGGAUGUGCGAAGUUUAUCUAGUAGCUCAGAGAUAUCUUUCAGAUCACGGGCUACCACCAUUGACUCUACAAGUAGCGGCAUCGAAGGUGAUACGUCAAUAGAACGAUUAUCGCAAACCGAGGAUUCAUCCGGUGAAUCUGUUCCCAUGAUGGCCGUUCAACACGAGAGACCGGAAGCUCUUCAGUAUCUUCUGUCGUUACAUGAUUACUAUCCGCUACGAGCUGUUCUUGAAGAUACGAAUAAUGAGGGAACGACCUUAUUGAGUGCUGCUGUGCAGUUGGGACAUACCGAGCUCAUUAAUAUAAUACUUGAUUUUGUUUAUCGAGCUGCAUCAGAAUUGAUCGUCAUUGGAUAUCUUUCGCGGCAAGAUGUCAACGGCAGGAGUGUAGCCCAUUUUUUGUUCAACUAUCCGGAGCUUAUUUCGAGAGUCGGGCGUUUAUUGCCCUGGAGGCAGAAAGAUAAGAAUGGCCAAACGCCACUUUUUGCAUUAUGCAGAUCAUACGAUCAUGGACGCUAUAGACCCAUGGUAGAGGCAGCAAUUGCUGCAGCUACGGAUUCUCAGGAAGAUGGUCAACCUUUACACUUAGACGAUCAUGUUGAUUUGAAGGGUAACACACUGUUACACAUUGUCAACGAUCCUCAAAUAGCAUUGCAACUUCUCUCUCAUUGCGACUCCGAUGUUAACGCGACCAACGAGAAGAAAUUCACACCACUCAUGGUAGCUAGCAAAUAUGGUCGACUAGAAAUGGUUCGAGCUCUAUUUUCAGAUCCAAGAGUAGACCUUUUUGCUAAGGAACUUCGUGGUUUGACAGCGGUUGAGCUUGCCAAAGAUGAUGACGUACGGAAUAGAAUUGACGAUUUAAUAUUGUUCUCAGGGCUACCAGCCACUGAUGGAAGGAUCACGGCUGUAGUUAGAUCAUUUUUCGUUGAGGAUGCAACUAUCCGAUUGGUACUCAAGUCUGGCGCACCCUCGGGGCCUCAAAACUUUACCGUCACCACUUGUCGACGUUCGUUGUCCGACUUUGAACAUCUAGCAAAGUUACUCACUUUAGAAAACCCAGCUUCGUGGCUGCCAUCUAUAUCAGGGAUGAGGUCACCUUUUCAGAUUCCUUCAAAGCCUUCGAGGGCUGUUCUGAGAGAUAUCCAAGUCCAUCUUGAUGCAUUUUUGAAGAUUCUACUAGCACAUACAACCUUUUCAACACAUGAGAUGUUAUGGGAAUUCUUUCUGGUACCAGAUAUCCAGGCAGAGAUGAUGGAGCAAAGGUCUAAACUGAAGGCUGAGGCAAGGGUAGAAACAGUAAGGGAAGAAUAUCAGCCAAUUGGUGAUGUUCGCGAUGUCGAGCAAUUCGUAGAUCAUGCAAGAGAUAUGGUCCGAAGUGUCAAUUACUCUACCAAGAGUGUAGCACGUAGGGCCAAUAUGGUGGCAAUUGUCACCACAGGUAUGUUUCCAAUAAUUCUCAUAGAACAUGUCACUAAUUUAUACAGAUCUUUACGAUGCUUAUAAGCUUUCCACUCGCGCAAUUUCUACCCUUACGUUCCUUCCUCAAACUCAUAUAUCUGCUCUUGAAGCUUAUACCCAAACACUUGCUCCAUCAUCCACUUCCCCAUAUUCUACCUUCCAUACAACCAUCCUUUCAAUCCAUAGCACCAUAAUCGCCAUGCUCCUUUCUCUCUCGCGUCCCACAUCGCUCAUAUCAUCGAUCACUACAUCCCGCAAAUCUAUCGAACGUUCCUACAACUCCCUUUCUCGAUCAACUCGUUGGCCACUAGGUCUUCUCGAUGAAACUCGGCAACGUUUAAACGAAGAAAAGGAAGACAAAGUCCGAAGAACAAAGGAAGAAGUCGAAGAAACUGGAAGGGAACUAAGAUACACACAACAGGUCGUCGCAGCAGAGUUGGCUGGUUGGCAAGAUUUACAUGAGAAGAUGGGGAGGAAAGCCGUGAAGGAUUUGGCGCAAUCAAUGCUUGUUAGAGAACGUACGACGUUGGAGGGGCUAAGAAGGGCGGUUAGAAGAUUGAAGGUUGGGGAAGAAAGAAUUAUAGAUGUUGAAAUGGAGGAAAGUGAAGAUGAGGAUGAGGGUGGAGAGACGGAGGCGAGUGGUAGUCAUGUUGAAAGCAUCGUUAUGUAGUUGACACAUUAACGGAUUCACAAAGAAAAGAUUCUUUGCACAUCAGAAAUGCAGGAAUGGAAAUGACUAAAAUGAAAUGGCACGUUGUGUUUUAUUUUGUUUCGGUUUGGAUAGAAUUAUAAUCAUGAUCAUGCUAGGCGAUUGUGGCAUGGCAUGGCAUGGUAUUAUACUGUACAGCAUCUUGGCGUUUAGGCAUACAUAUAAUCCUAUGAGCGGUAUUUUUC